GAAAAACGCAUUGCUUCUGGUGCGACUGCAGAGCGCAAAGGUGGGAGCUCUUCGACUCUGACGCGCUCACCAUCCUCCCGGCUCCAGCGCUUCAUCUACAGAAGAGGAGUUAAAAAAAAACUCCACGCCACAACCAACCAUGGAUGCAUAUCGAGCCUAUGCUAUACACCUGGGCCUGCUCCUUGUUUUGUUUGGGAAUAUACCGUGCUUCCAGUGUGCUGCUAUCAUCUCUCCAUCUGCGCCUCGGAGGAACAGGGAAUCCAGGAUCUCUCAUCCAUACGGACAAAGGUCAUCCAAGCUCUUCAUAGACAUCAUCGCGUCCUCGCACUCUGCAGCAGGACGCCACAAAGAAGAAGUCCCAAAGGACGCUGUUGUCCCGCACGAGUACAUGCUCUCCAUAUACAGGACGUACUCGGCGGCAGAAAAACUUGGACUAAACGCGAGUUUUUUCCGCUCCUCAAAAUCAGCCAACACCAUUACGAGUUUUGUGGACAAAGGAACAGACAAUCUUUUGCACUCCCCUUUGAGAAGACAGAAGUAUCUGUUUGAUGUUUCCACCCUUUCGGAGAAAGAGGAGCUGGUCGGAGCAGAAUUAAGGAUAUUCAGGAGAGCAUCGGGGGCCCCGCAGACGGAUGGACCCCUCCACAUCCAGCUCUAUCCAUGUCGCUCCGACACACUGCUGGACUCCAGGUAUUUGGACCCCAUGGAUUCCAAUAAAGCCGGCUGGGAGGUUUUGGACGUGUGGCAUGCAUUUCAGACACAACACCAACAGAGAAAUCAGCUCUGCUUCCAGCUCAGGGCCGUUCUCAGUAAAUCUGACACAGAGGUCGACCUGAGGCGGCUGGGGCUGGACAGGGGCGGCCGCGGCCAGCAGGAGAAGGCCAUCUUGGUCGCUUACACCCGCUCCAAGAAGAGAGAGAACCUGUUUAACGAGAUGAAGGAGAAGAUCAAGUCGCGAAGGUCGGUUGAAGAGAAGCCGAUGAAGGGGGGGACGGGAGAGGGCCCCCGGCGGCGCAGAAGGACGGCGCAGAGCAACCGGCACGGGAAGAGGCACGGGAAGAAAUCCAAGUACAGGUGCAGCAAAAAAGCUCUGUAUGUGAACUUCAAGGAGCUGGGCUGGGACGAUUGGAUCAUCGCCCCGCUGGGCUACGAGGCCCACCACUGCGAGGGCGUGUGCGACUUCCCGCUCAGGUCGCACCUGGAGCCCACCAACCACGCCAUCAUCCAGACCCUCAUGAACUCCAUGGACCCAAACAGCACCCCACCGAGCUGCUGUGUGCCCACUAAACUCAGCCCCAUCAGCAUCCUGUUUACAGACGCGGGAAACAACGUGGUGUACAAGCAGUAUGAGGAGAUGAUUGUGGAGCAGUGUGGCUGCAGGUAGCGGUCAUUUAAUUUAAUUUAAUGCUGAUAAAACAAAUGAG